AUGCAGCAGCCUUCGCCUCCCGACGCCUACUUCCUCGCCGCCUCCACCUCGACGCUGGCGGUGGGCAGCAUCACCUCGACGACCUCGGACCCCACCGCGCCCGCCUCGCACACGGUCCGCCUGCACGCCGCCUCGCCCGCAUCUCAGUCACGCAUCGCCGUCGCGUGCUGGCAGUCGUCGAGCGCAAAGAUCAUCGCCGCCUCGGACGAAGGGCUCACGAGCCUUGACCCGACCCUGCGGCACAAGGCGAGGAUGGUCAGGUCUCCAGUCGGCCACGUCGCUGCCAAUCGCAGCGGCGACACGGCCUACUGCACGGCGGAUGGCAGGACAGUAUGGCUCGAUGCAGAGGGAAGAGAGAUCCGAAGAGUCGGCCCCUCGAAACCUCCCGCGACGCCGAGCCUCCUCGCCCUCUCGUCAGACUCUCGCAGGCUUGCCCUCUACACACCCUCAUCUGAUUCCCUUCAGGUCUGUCUUCGCACGGCGACCGCAUCGCCGACCACAUUGACCCGGCGUCGCCAGACUGCGGCUCCGCCGUCCAAGGUCAGCUCCCUGGCCUUUUCACCCACGCGCGCAUCUUUCUUGGCGGCGGGCAGCGAUGCCGGCUCCCUGGACCUCUUUGACGCCAGCCUGCCAGGGUCGCCGCUGCAGAGCUGGCCGGAUCUCCAUGUGGGCAGGAUCAACCAGGUGCUGUUUAGCCCCGUCGCUCGGAUGCAGCUUCUCGUCACCGCGAGCGAGGACCGCUCGGUCAGCAUCAUUGAUCUCGAAAAGAUGGAAGUCAAGUCGACGCUGGCCUACCCUUAUCCGAUAACGUCAAUCGACUGGAGCCCGAACGGCCUGCUGCUGCUCCUUGGGACAUCCUCCGGCGACGUGUUUGUCCAGGACCUGCGCAUGGCCGCAAGCCGGACGCCGAGAAGGAUUUCGCUCUCGGCGGACAGGACGGGAGCGGUGCACUCGAUCCAGUUUGUCCUGCUCGGCGAGCGCGAUAAGAAGACCCUUGAGGCAAUGGCAACUUCUACUGCUGCACCUGCGUCGGCCACCUCGCCAUCGCAGGCAUUGAGACCACUCGAAGGCGUCUUGACAGAGUCGAGCAAGGUCAACGCGCCAGCGACGGCGACAAUACCUCUGAGCGGGCCAAAGGGCGUCAAGCGCGCUGCGCCCGAGGGCAGCUCGCACCGCGACGACACCUUUGGCGUCAAUGUCGCAGCCCCGAAAGGAGCGGCCGCUCCAUCGAAGCAACGUUCCCUCCCCAAGCGACGGCCCAGCGACGACAGCGCCGGCCUUCGCCGCGGCACCCAGCUCGCCGCAUCUCUCGGCGGCGGCGGCGGCGGCGGCGGGUGCAUGCCCGACGUGCGGCCAGACCCCCGUUCGGCGACGGGCGACGCUACAAGACGGGCGGCGACCAUCUGCGACCUGGACGACGCGACUGGGCGGUUGACGAGCAAGAUUGAGGCGAUUGAGCUGGACCUGGUGCACUCGCAGCAGGCGCACAAGCGGCACAUUGAGGCGCUGCUGCGUUCCUACCUCGACCCGACCGAGGGCCAGCUGAGCGAGCUGCAGCGGCUGCGGGCGGAAAACGAGCAGCUCAAGCGGCAGCUGUACAGCAGUCGAGACUAUCGCGGGUUCUGA